ACUCAGUUUGGAAUCAUUCACCGAAAUCGAGUGGCAACAUCUGUGUGUUGUUUUCUGUUUUCGUGAAAGAAGAGUGAACGUCAUGCCGACCAGGUUCAGCAAAACCCGUAAAUUAAGAGGACACGUUAGCCACGGUCAUGGCCGUAUCGGCAAGCACAGGAAACAUCCUGGUGGUCGUGGUAACGCUGGUGGUCAGCAUCAUCACAGAAUCCACUUCGACAAAUACCAUCCUGGAUAUUUUGGCAAGGUCGGUAUGAGGAACUAUCACCAGAAGUCGAGCCAUGUCUACAUGCCCACCAUCAACGUCGACAAGAUCUGGGCGCUCGUGAGCGAGGACGUGAGGAAGAAGUACAAGGCGAGCUUCGACAAGGCCGAGACUGACGAGGCAAAGGCCAAGGUCAAGGCCCCCGUCUUCAACCUUAAUAAGGCAGGCUUCUACAAGGUGCUGGGCAAGGGCAGAUUACCGAAGCAGCCUAUCAUUGUCAAGGCAAAGUAUUUCUCCUUGAAGGCUGAGAAGAAAAUCAAGGCGGCCGGCGGCAUGUGCGUCUUGACAGCAUAAGUAAAGUCGGCCUCCCGUG